AUGACGUUGACACGUUCUUAUUCAUCGGAAUGGCGAAAAAAUCCCGAAGAAAUCAUCUCACACCACUACAAGCUCUAUGCUGGAAUCAGACCCGUAAUCGACACCUCGGCUCCAGUUUCGAUGUACAAUAGCCCUAAAAGUAUCCAUUACAUUCCAAAAAGAGCCUCGUCAGCUGAUCAGUACAAACGAGUUCAUCCAGUUUCGAUAAAAAGCACUCAUCGAGAGCUCUCCGAUUUUCUCGCGAACAACGGUCGUCUACCGAACUCUCUUCGUUUAAAUCUACCCACCGUUCGAAACCCAUACACGGCUCGAGUAAAGUCAAAGCUUUUGGAGUCAAAGGAUUAUCAGGCACCUCUGCAUCGAAAAGUCAAUCAAAUUGAGAAAGUCGUUGAAUUACCUGAAACGAUCCCGAAAAAACCCCCUCGACCACCAAGAAGAAGAUCCUCUGUAUUUCAGGAACAAAUGCUUGAGAAACAUCUUUUAUUCAAAGAUACAGUCUACAAUGAUAUUAUUACGAGAGGAGUUUAUACGGAUAGGAUUAUCGAAGAUGCUGUUGAUAUAGCCGCUGAACAGUUUGAAGAUGAGAUUACAGCGGUUGAAGUCGAGAUGCUCAGACUCGAGAUUUAUGACGAUUUCGGCGUUCAGCUGACCGUUGAUCAGAGUUCAACCAUUCGGAAAAGAUCUCUAUCCGCUCAAAAUCUCAACCGAAUGCACGUUGGAUUUGCUGAAGCGGCAGAAGUGGAAAGUCUCGAGGCAUCGAGUGCUCGAAGUUUAGCAUCAAAACUUGAUAAGCAAAAUCUUGGAAGUGAUGGGGACAGCCUUCCAUCGAUGCAGUCACAGAGUUCCUCAAAUUCCGAAAAAACUGAACAAGAAGAGCCGAAAGCAUCAAAAAGUACUUCCACUUCAUCUUCAAGG